UGGGAGACCGGGAACUCUCGUGUGUUGCCAUGGAGGUCAAGAAACAGUGAGUUUUCAUCCUCGAAUAGUCCUACAUGUUCUCAAUUUCUUCGCAUGCUCUCCUUCUUCCUCUCAUAAACGUUCUACUGUCUUCCUCCUCGGCGCGUUGUCCAGCUCUGGGGCCUCCCGCCGCCUGCCGUUGUCUUGCUUUCGUCUCCUCUGUCUUCAUUUGCUUCCUGCCCUUUGCAUCGUGCUCUCAACCGUCUCCCUCACAUUCACUCUUUUUCGCUCUUUCUUCUUCGCUCUUCUUUCUCCCUCGCUUCUUUCUCCCUCGCUUCUUGGUGCGAUUUCCAUCUUCGCAAGCCGUCUCCUCAUAUGCCGCUCUGAACAGCGAGGCCCGCAGUCAGGCCUUCCGUUUUUUCUCCUGGAUCUCUCGAGGUUUUCAUGAAAUCGUUUUUGUGCUCUUCCUCCUCCUGGAUGCUCUUCGCCACGGAAACACCCGUCUCAAGUCGAGUGUACGUACACCUCGAAGGAGCUUGUCGAUCGCAGGCGGUUCUCCUGCUCCCUGCUUACGUUCCCGUCGAGACUUUUUUUCUCACCUCUUAAAAAAUACGUCUGUGUAGUCGCACCUGAAAGGAGUUCUCCAGCAAAUUGUGCAGCGUCGAGUCGUUUUUUCGAAACCGCAAAUGCGUUGGCAAAGACGCGCGCCACCCCAAAGAGUCGCAAACAGACCUCUUGCGACGGGUGGGUGAUGUACAACAGGAGACCUCCUUGCGGCCAGCUUCAACUCUCGCUUCCCCGCGCCUCAGAGAUCGUCGAACGGCGCAAAGGAGGAGAGUUCUGCCGCCGUACCUAGGAGACAGAAGAAGACUUCCCGCGUCGAGUGUACGGACAGGACAAGCGGGUGUUUCAAGCCUUUCCAGAGUCGAGAACGGCGGCAUAGGAGCUCGAGUCCGCGUCUCCCCUUCUCUGCCAUCUCCUGAAACGUCCUUCUUCGGGUCUCCUUCCGCCUUUUCUCUUUCCACUUCUUCUCGGGUCGCUCCUUCGCCGUGGUGUUUUCGUUCGCGCUUCUUUGUCCUGUCCGUGUUUCCAGCACAGACAGAGAAGCGGCGAGACGAGGCUCGUGUCUCUGCGACUCGGGCGCCUCGCACAGACGCCGCGAAAACGCGAAACAGAAAGGAAGAGACCCCGCCGUCGCUCACGCAGGAGCCGCCGAGACGGCGCGCCUCGAAGAAAGGCGUUUCGCGUAUAUCGGGAACACAGACGGCUCAAAGAUGAUCUCGACAGCCUCCGUAUACCCUGGCGUCUUCAAGCACUGCAUCUUAACUCCGACAAAGAAGAUGCUUUUUCUCCUCUCGCUUGUUUCUCUCGUCUUGCUCUUGGGUUCCGAUUCGCUGCUGCCUCCCGCAAAUGCUCUCAAGCGUCCCGCCUCUCACGCUAUUCUUUCUCCGCUGCUCUCCCGAGGCGCCACCCAGUCCUCUCACGCUCCUCUCGUGUUGACAGAUCUGCUUCACUCUUCGCCUAGACAAGUUCUUCGGACUCUCCAGACCUUUCUUCGUCCCUCCGUGUCUUCUCGCCUCUCUCGGACCGAAGGAACUUCAGUGGAGAGCCUCGAGCAGGCGACGAAGAAGGUCGCAGCUCGAGGCGCGGAAGACGAGACAGUGCAGCAGCGGGAAGCGAAGGUCGGUGAGGAGGGAGAGAAGGAGACCGCUGAGCUCCGAAUAGAGAGGGCGCUCUCGCCGUUCUUCUCGCCGAUGGUUGUCGGAGUAUUUUGCGACGCUCAUCCGGAGAAGGACGCAACCGUUUCAGAACUUCUUGGGAGGCCGCGACAGGGUCGAGACAAGGAGAGUUCCGCCGACGCAGAGGAGACGUCUCAAGACGCAGAAAGACUUGGCCGCGAACGAGAAGAAAGUGUCGUCGUCGCCUCUCUCGAACAUCUGCCGGCUUCCUCUCCCACCGUCCUUUUUCGUCUCAACUACGCUGACACUGCCUUCGCCUCUGGACGACCAUCUCGGAAAAGAGGAGAAGAAGAGAAAGGAGGUUUCCCCCGCGAAGAGGAGACUGAGAGAGACGUCGUUCUCGCGGCUCUCGCGAGAGACCGAACGGCGGCGGAAGCAAGUAGUUGGGCGCGGCUCCUCGGACGGGUGGGGACGAUGGCAGUUCUGCCUCUCUUCUCUGGAGAACUGCGCUGCGACUCCGUUUUCGCGAUGCGGGAAAGGCGGACUGUGGAGGAUUUCUGCGAGACAACGGCACAGAAAGAAGGGGAGUCUAUGUGUGGAGUAAGAGACACGCGGGAGCUGUAUGUACAGCUCCCAGAGGAGGUGUCAGUGAUGUUGAAAGGUCUCGGGCGCGGCCUCGAAGAGAGAAGAGGAAGGCGAGAAGAGGCGGCUGGAGAGUCGUUUCGUCUUGUUGUUAUCUUGAUGGACGCGCCUGACGAGCGAUGGACACCGCUGGUGACUCGGGCGGUGACGCGGGCGGUUGAAGAAGCAGUUGCAGUUCGCGAGACGAAAGAGGAGACGAGGAAACGAGAAACGCAGACCGAAGGCGAGAAAGCCCACGCAGAUGCUCCGUCUGCUGCUUCGCCUCUUCUCUCUGCUGUAGUUCUCUCCCUCCCUCCUGCCUCCCGCGCCUCCACUCCUGCGUCUGGGCGUUUCUUGGCUGCGGAGAAGGAGCUGCGUUCUCUUCUUGAAGAGACGCGACGGAAGCAUGAGCAGACAGUGAGGGCGCGCCAGGAGCGACUGGCGACGCUCGUGGAGAGAGAAGCAAAGAGGAUCGAAGAGGAGCAGGGGAAGGCGGCAGAGCAAGUCGGCGGCAAGAACGCGAAGGAGCGAGCAGCUCACGGAGAAGACAGAGUCUCCGCGAACGACGGAGAGAGACAGGAGAACGAGAGCCGGGACGACCCAAGGCCCCACAAACGGGCGGAAGAGCGGACAAGCUUCAGGGAUCAGAUCUACGACACACUGCCCGACGCGAUUGUCAAGAGACUGUUUCCAUUCUCGAGCGCUGCUGACGCAGAGCGGGAAGACCGCGACGCAGCGAGGCUGGUCUUGCCUCAAGAGCUUCAGUUUUCCUCGCUCGUGGCGCCCGAGGUGCUCUGCUGGGCAGUGCAGCAGAAGCUCCUCACUCAAGCGAUGCCGAUUCUCCAAAAGUGGAGAAAGCGCGUGGAACUCGACGGAAAGCUCAUUUCGCACUUCGGACAGGAGAGCUCGGAGAUCCUCCAGACGCUCCUGCCCCUGUUCGACGCCGCGACCCUGGCCGCCGUGCAAACGCCAGCGCGACAACUCGCCCGGCGCGAGCUUCAGACGUUGCUUCAAGACGAGCUUCGUCAUCUCUAUCUCCAGCAGUUGAUGCUGCUCGAGCGUCGGAGUCGGACGAAGCUGCGCGCCUCUCUGCUCACCGCCCUCAAGGCCUUCCCUUCUCCGCGCGAGGCGGUCCGAGCGCUCUGGCGGCGAGAGGACGAGGAGGCUGAGGAAGCCGAGGCGGCGCGCAGACGCAUGCGGCAAGCCGCAGAAGCGCUUUUGUCGGAUUUGGCGCGGGAAGCCGCGUCGCUGCUCCCGCCUCGCCUCUCCAAGAUCGAAAACUCUUCACAAGAACUCUCGUUCCGUCAUUCGCCGGCGGAUCGGGGAGCCUGGCAGCUGCCUGCUGUCGGAAGCCUUGCAGAGAGAGCCAAGAGGACAAUUUGCUCUGUCUCUCAGCGCGUCUUCUCCUCAUUCCAAGAACGAAAAAAAUCGCUAACCCAACAACUCGCGGGUGUCCCCUGGGUGCGUGCGAGACUGCAGCGCUCUCUCGUCACCCUCUCUCGAGACUCAGUGCCAUCCCAGAUUUCUUCUCCCUCUUCUCUUGCCUCCGCUCCUUCCUCUUCUUCUGCUGAUGGGGAGUCUGGUGGGAGAGAUGAAGAGAAGGAUGUCGACGCAAGUAACGACCAGGGCGGUCUGGAGAGAGGCGACGACUCUUACGAAGAAAGAGUUGCGAACGAGGUCGGGAGGCGUCUGAGGGAGGCCGCCAGUGCGGCCUUUGAGGAAGAACUGGCGCAACUGCACGCGACGCUCAUGGGGAAACUUACGGCGUCUCUCCGCCAGCUGACAGAGGAAUUCGUUGCGAGCCCACUGGCAGAGAAAAUCCGAAUUCAGUCGCGUCUCUUCGGCGGCGUUUCUCUGCGGGAGGUUCUCCGCUUCUCCGUUCGCCCCAGCCUCUCUCUGACGGCGAUGCUUCGCCGCCGAGGCGAAGGAAAUUUCCAAGGCUUCCUCGCCUGGAACGGGGGCUCGCUGAAUAUGAUUUUAGGAUUCGCAAACGACGCGCCCGUUGUGCAGCCUGACGGCAAAGUUGCGCCGGCUUUCCGCAUACAGCCGAAAGUUCACUUCGACGUGACUCGCGCUUCGAGGUGAAGAAGAAGAGAUCUUCAGUCCAGACGAAGGCGACCGUCUGCUCUUUUUCUCGACAUGUCAGUGUCCUUGUCUGCUCUCUUGUAUCUCCGUAAAGCUGCAGCAACCUUCUGGGCAACUCAAAAACUUGCAUCGUCGCCGAAGUUUGCAAAACGCUGUCGCGGCUAAGCUAAAGCCUAGACCCC